AUAAAAAUCAUGCCGCCUGUAAAACUUUUUUUUUUAUUUUUUAAAUAAAUGAAUAAAACUGUUCAUUGGGCUGUACGCUUCUUCACAAUGUAAGUGACCUGGAUUUUAUGUCUGCGUUUCAGGUUUGGAGUCGCCCUCUUGCUCCGGCCUCAAGGAAAAUGUCAGGUUUCAUAUGAAUGGAACUAAUAUGGAUGUACCAAUGCCUUCGGGGGCGUCAUUUUUUUUUUUUUUUUUUUUUUUUUUUUUUGUAGUCAUAUCGUUAAAAAUUUGACUUAAUUCUGUUUCAAUUCCAUACCUCUUAUUUAAACACGUGCUCAUAUAAACUACAGGAAAUUUCUCGUUAAGUUCUUUUGCCACUUUGAUCUCACCUGCUCAAGGAAUUCCACUGUUUUUUUUUUUUUUUUGUUUUUUUCAACUCGACGGGGGGAAGGUCGUGCAUGCAGAAGUACAUGUGAGUGCGAUUACUGCAGCCGAGGCCACACCUCCCGCUCUGAGUUACAGCGGCGGUAUAAAAAGUCCGUCUGCGGUGUUGAUACUCACAUCCUGAAUCCUGGAGCGCUCCCGAGCUGUUCAUGCAAACCAGAACGUGCGCUCUGCAUGCACAGAUACGUCAAAGUCUUAAACUCGCAUUGAUUGUUUAAAAGAGAGAGAGGGAGAGAGAGAGAGAGCGGGAGAGAGAGAGAGAGAGACUUUCAGAAUGGCUGUGGCUGAGGCACUGAUGCCUGCCUUGACGUCGUUUCCAAAUUUCAAAGCGAUGGAUAACCUUUGCAACAUGGAUGAGUGGGUGAGGAGCGGCGCAACAGGUGGCACGGGCAGCGCGCGCAUCGAGGUCGACUUGAGCAUCGUUCACUCUCCGUCUGCAGCCCACAAAGACGAUGACGAGCUCGGGAAGUUUCUGGACCUCGAGUUCAUCCUGUCGAACACCAUCUGCACCGACUCUACUGCCGGGAACAGCGACCGAGGGAGCGCGUCUCCCACGCAGCAGCACCAGUGCGGGUACUCUUUGCCGGAGUCGCCGGAAAGCUGCGGCGGCGGAUCUCUGCCAGACUGCACUGACCACCCGCCUUCUCACCUGGCUCAGGGCUUCCCGGGCGUCCUCGGCGGCUUCGCGGAGUCGAGCCCCGUCCGCAGCCUGAUGGCGGAGCUUCUUACGCCCGACAUGAGAUAUCCAGAGGAAGGCGCUCCGGAGAGAACGAGCAAGGCGAGGGACAGCUGCGAGUACACCGAGCUGCGGGCUUUAAACGGCCCUCCGCUCCCCCACGCGGCGUCACCUCCGUCCCCGCUUGGAUACAAAAUAAAAACCGAGCCCGGGGUGCAGUCGUGCAUGGUAGCUGUUGCCGGAGCCUUUGCGGAAGGAGCGUAUGACAAACACCAGAUGCGCACACCCGCGGCUUUUACGCACCACCAGCCUCCCGUUGCGGCGCAGGGCUUCGGCGCGCACCAGAUCCAACUUCAGGGACGCACAGACUGCACGCUGCAGCCGCAAAUGAGGCCCCACCACCAUCAUCAUCAUCUUCACCAUCACGAUCACGAUCAGAACCAGCUGUCAAGCCAGUACAUGAACGCGCCGUACCACCCGCAUUACGCGCACCGAGGUGCACCACAGUUCCAAGGACAGUACAGCAUGCAUCCCCAGCAGCACCAUCCCGCCGCCUCGCUGCAGGGAAUGAUGCUCACUCCGCCCUCGUCGCCUCUGCUGGACUUUUACGCGCACGACGAGCCCGGCUGCGUGAAGCAGAAGCGAGGCCGCAAGUCUUGGACCAGGAAACGCGCCGCCACGCACAACUGCGAGUUCCCUGGCUGCGGGAAGACGUACACCAAGAGCUCCCAUCUCAAGGCGCACAUGAGGACGCACACAGGUGAGAAGCCUUACCACUGCAACUGGGAAGGCUGCGGCUGGAAGUUCGCCCGAUCCGACGAGCUGACUCGGCACUUCCGAAAGCACACCGGGCACAGGCCGUUUCAGUGUCACCUGUGCGAGCGCGCGUUCUCUCGCUCGGACCACCUGGCUCUCCACAUGAAAAGGCACAUGUAGGUCACUCUCAGCUUACAGACUCUCUUUAUGGACCCUCCCGCCUCUCACCUCCAGGGUAUCACUGUCAGCAUCUCCAGAGACGCAGCACAGCAGGUGGCCAACUUCUAACUGAACUGCUGUAUAUGGACGAAAUGAAGCAUUCACAUAUAGGAGCGUGCCGACCUGCGGUCAUUAUGUAGUUUAUAAGAAGAUGCAAAGUGGGAAAUGGUGGAGAUUUUAUAUUUUUUAUGUUUGUUUUUUUACUUUCUACAAGUGCCUCAUUUCUACCAAAUCAAGUGCCUCUAGUGGUUUUUGUAUAUUUUUGUAAAAUAAAAUAAAAUAAAAUAUGACAAACACUG